AUGUCUGUACCAAAAGCGGUAACCCCGAGCUACACUCGGGCUAACCAUGCGGCGUUGCAUGCAGCCCUUACCUUGUCCUUGGCUCCCACGAUGUGUCCCCUGCAGCGUCCCCGGCCAUCUCCUCCGGCCGAUGCCAGCAUCCGCCUCCUGUGUUCCGGUCCCUGUGACGUCGGGACAUACGGGCGGCAGCGGCGGCGGGAAAUUUGAAAAUUUCAAAAAAAUGUCAUUUUUUUAAAAACGAUUUUACAUAUGCUUUGUCCUGUCCCCUGUCUGCAUUUUGACUGUUCUUUCUG